UGACAUUCUCACUCAGAAACCCCCAGUGGAAGAGAAAAGGGUGUUCUCAAGCCUUGCUCUAGUGGGAAUGGGGGGUAUGGGGAAAACUACGUUGACUAGAAAAGUCUUUAAUCAUGAAAGGGUAAAGGCUCGAUUCGGAUCACUAAUUUGGGUUCAUGUUUCUCAAACUUUUGACGCAAUUAGUCUUUUCAACAAAAUACUUUAUAAGGUGACUAAAAAGGCUAGUGAUGGAGUUGAGAACAGCGAUGAUAUUUUGGAAAAAACUCAAAAAGCUCUCAAGGCUAGAGUUGAGAGCAGAGAUGAUAUCCUAGAAAAGCUUCAAGAAGCUCUCAAGGGUAAAACUUAUCUCCUUGUUCUUGAUGAUGUUUGGAAUGAUGAUGUUUCGAAAUGGGAAGGCUUUAUAAACUCCGUACUGGGAGUUACUUCUACUAAAGGAAAUGGCAUUAUCGUCACCACCAGGAGUGAAAAUGUUGCUUCCAUUGUUAACCCAUUUCAUAUUCAUCAUUUGAAUGGCUUAUCAGAUGAAGAUUGUUGGUCUAUAAUCAAAGUCAAAACUUUUGAUGAAAAUGGUGAAGUUCCAUCACGAUUAGAGAUGAUUGGAAGAAAGAUUGCUAAAAGAUGUCAGGGUAUGCCCUUAGCUGCUAAUGUAGUCGGGGGAGUGCUUCGCGGUAAGCCUGAAGAAGAGUGGAGCUUCAUCAAUGAAAAUUGGUUUUCAGAUGCUAAAGGAGGUGAAAAUAUCUCAAAAAUACUGAAAUUGAGCUAUGAUCACCUCUCUUCACCAUGGCUCAAGAAGUGCUUCACGUUUUGUUCGAUUUUCCCCAAAGGUCGGGAGAUCAAGAAGGAGGAGUUGAUUGAACUAUGGAUGGGAGAAGAGUUUCUUCAACCAAGCCGAAGAAAUUAUAUGGAGUUUGUGGGAAACAUGUUUUUUAAUGUGCUUCUACAGAAUUCUUUGUUGCAAGUUCAAUGGAAAGAUAUUUAUGGAAAUGUUUUAUAUUGUGUGAUGCAUGAUCUUGUGCAUGAUCUUGCAUCCUCAAUCCUAGCCAAUAAUGCAGAUGGCAGCAUUGUAAUUCGAUACAAGUUUCUUGAAGAAGAAUCAAGUCCCAUUCCAAAAAAUGUUGCUAAGCAUUUGCGUACAUUAUUCUUGAAAGGUGGAAUUCCUGGUACUAUAUUAUCAAACUUUCAAUGUCUGCAUAAUCUGACUCUUUCCGGUGAUUAUAAAGAGUUGCCUAAUUCAAUUAGGGAGUUGGUACAUUUGAGAAAUCUGAAUAUUGAUGGCACACAAAUUGUAAACAUGCCGAAAUGGAUUGGUAAAUUCCAUCACUUGCAAACAUUAAGAGCAUGCUGGGAGUUAAAGAAUGUGCCAAGUACGUUGAAGUAUAUGUUUAACUUAAGGCAUCUUCAUAUCUAUUCUCAUACAAAGUUACCGGCGGAGAUUGGGAGAUUAACUAGUCUUCGUACACUCCCUUACUUCACAGUAGGCAAAGAGAAGGGCUUCCAAAUUGAAGAGCUUGGAAGUUUGAAGAAUCUCAAAGGAUCACUAGAGAUUCAAGAUCUGGAGAUGGUGCUUGAUAAGGAAGAGGCUAUGAAAGCAGAUAUAUUUCAGAAACUAAACUUAUUUGAUUUGGCGUUUACAUGGAGUGAUGGUAGAGAAGAUGAAACGAAUGAUGAGAGUGUAUUGGAAGGCCUCCAACCUCAUUCAAAUCUGAAAAAGUUGAAGAUUUCAAGAUUCAAAGGCAUAAGAUUUCCAACAUGGGCUGAGAAGAUGGCCGUACGUGAUGGGCCUCAAGGAUCUUGGGUACCACUUGACAACUUGAUUGAAAUAAAACUCAUUGGGUGCUCAGAAAUCGAGGAAAUCCCAAGGCUGGAGCACUUGCUUAAUCUCAAGUCUCUUUCUUUGAAAGGAUUGAAGAAGGUGAGGCUCAUAAAUGAAUGCUUCAAUCAUUUAAUGUCUCUCGAAAUAAAAGAGUUAGAUAGAUUGGAAUGUCUGCCAGAAUGGUUAUUCCUUAACAAUCAGAAUCUCUCAAUUUUGGAAAUUACAAACUGUGGUGUGUUGAGAGAAUUACCAGAUGGCUUGGACACCCUCAAUUCUCUGUUGUUGUUGUAUAUUCGGGAUUGUGAAAAUCUGAAGUCGAUUGGGAAUCCAAGUGGCGGAGCAAGACAAUCACAGGGGAUUCUUCGUGCGCUGAUCAUUGAAAACUGCAGAGAGCUGGUGGAAUUGCCGUGUGAAAUGCUAGAGUCGUGGACUUCUACGAUUGAUGAAAUUGUUUUGGAAGGAUUAAGGAGCUUAAAGAAUCUACCAAUGCUAAUUGACUGCCUCGCUAAAUCAUUUACUCGUCUCACAUAUUUGAAGAUUUUAGGUGUUCCUAAAUUGAUGGCUGCUAGUAUUGGUAGUGUUGAGAGUUGGGAUCUUAGCAGCUUGAGAGCAUUACUGAUAGAUGUGAGUGUAGAAUGGUCAAUAGAGGAUAGUGUUGGCAUUGCAGAGACUGUGGAAAGGAUGUUGCGUGGAUGUUGCAAUUCACUUGCCAGGUUAGAAUUGAAAGGGAUGGAAAAUUGGGGGUGGAUGCCCCAAUCAAUUCAACAUCUCACUGCCCUUAAUAUGUUAGUGUUAGAGAAUAUAGGAGUAGAAGAAUUGCUCCAAUGGUUGGGAAACCUCUCAUCUCUAAAAAGCUUAAUUUUAUUUAGUUGCAACAAGUUGAAGCGUCUGCCCUAUGUGGAUGCACUGAAUCACCUCACCAAAUUAGAAAGUAUAUAUAUUAGUGAUUGCCCGGAACUAUGCAUUGAUUCGGAGUGGCGCAACCACCAUCCCCACCUGGAAGUCGAGGUUGAUGGGCAACCCAUUUGAAUGUUGUUGCAAAUGCAACAAAUUGAAGCGUCUACCCUUCUUGGUUGCGUUGAAGUGCCUAACUCAAGAGAUUAUAGAUUGCCCGGAACUACCUAGCGAUUCAGAGUGGCGCAACACCGUUUAAAUGUUGUUGCAAGUAUAGUUUAUGCGAACUCAUGACUUCAGUAAGACAGGUGGGGUCGUCGCCAUCAUCGCUGGCGUCCCAGUUACCAACGCGCUAAGGAAUUGAGAACAGACGAGGCGGAAAGUGAAGCUGCUUUCAGAGAUUGAUCGAGCGGAGAAAGGAGAUGCAUUAUAUGGCAUGCUUUCGUGAGAUUAGCUCCCUAUAACGUGUAUCAUUGUAGGCUGUGAUGGAUUUUUGGGUAUGAUUACGGGAGAAUGCUUUGAUCAGCUAGUACAGUUUGUUUGAUGUUGGAGUAAAAGCAUUGCCUAAAUGGUUUGGAGGGCUCUCAUCUCUAAAAAGGUUGUGCCUAUCAGAUUUUACAAACUUGAAGAGUCUUCCUUCAAUGCAGUGCCUCACCAAAUUACAGGAGUUGCACAUUCGCGACUGUCCACAGUUACGGAUUGACUCUGAGAGGCACAAGAUCUUGAAUCGCAGCACCAAUAUCUACGUUAAUGGUCACAAGCUUUAGAUCUGUUGCUCAAUUGUACAGUUUGGGUGACCUCAGAACUUCAAUAGAGCAGAUGCAGUGGGCGUCAUCAUAGAGCAGAUGCAGUACCUUUUAUGUAUCUCCACCCUCCAUCUUGGAGUUGGUCCUUCACUUUCUUGGUUUCAGGGCAUCACGUGUUUCCCUCUGCCAUGGAAGAAACGAGAUCCUCUCUCCUGCUCUUGAGACGCGUUUGGCUUCUGUUCACUUUUGUUAGCAAUCAGUCACACAGAAAUGAAACACGGAAUCCUGAUAUGGAUUCAACAGCAGCUCGCCUGAUUCUGAUAAACUUUUAUAUCAACUGUUAUUCCUUUCUCAACUCAUUGUUCACCAUUUGCACCAUCAAAUCCUUAGCCUCCCCUAUUCGCCCUUUUUCGCAAAGGGCAGAAAUAAGCAUUGUAUAUAUCACAUUGAAAGAUGGAAACAGGCGGAGAAGCAGAGUGUUACAUUCAUAUACUCUUAUAUCACAUUGUGACAUAUACUGAUACGGGUACAUUACCUACAACCCCACGAGAGGAUCCACUUGUGAGAGACGAUGGCAGCGAGGAGCCCAGCAAUGAGGAGAAGUCAGAGUUAUCCACGUCGGAAGAGGAGGAACAGAGUCGAAGGUAUCCGGUUAGGCAGAGGAAGAAGCCUACGAAGUUUGCUGAAUAUAUUUAGCACUUUUUUUGAUUAUUUAGAGUUUUGGGAAUAUUAUUUAGUAUUUUUGCUUAAACUAUUUUAUUAUUUUUGCUUAUUGGGUCGAGCGUAAUUAUAAGCUCCAUUUCGGGUUUUCUUGUUGGUUCUUUCCCGGAAUUGAUCGAGUCGAACCAAACCUAGGGUCCUUAGUAUAUAUAGGGAUUCUGUGCAUUGACGAAAUAUCAAUAAAUCAUAAUUUACCUAUC